AUGAAGGGGUCUGGUAAGAUGGACAGGGGUGUAGAGACAUCAAAUGAUGGUUGUAGUGAUUUAGGGUAUCUGGAUGGUUGUGAAAGGUCGAGUCACAGGGCACCGGCAACAAAGAGUGGGCAUAUGUCGAUCGAACAUAUGGAUAUGUACAAUAAGUUGGAUGCAUCACGCAGGGAAAUUUUGCUCGACGGUGACACAGAAGCUGCACUCUCUUACUUGAAAGUGAAAGGAGUAAUGGAUCCAGAAUUAUUUUGUAAGUUCAGUGUUGACGAGGAAAAUAGGCUUGAUAAUUUGUUUUGGAGGGACUCCACUUCACUUUUGGAUUACAUUGCCUAUGACGAUGUCCUCAUAUUCAACAGCACGUACAAAACAAAUGUUUAUGACAAGCCCCUAGUGUUGUUUGUCGGUUCGAACAACUACCGUUCUACUGUAAUGUUUGGUUGA